AUGGACGACGAAGAACGCCAGAUUGCUGACCGACGACUGGAUUGCUCUGACUCCCCUCAUGCCUUCAAGAGACGGAAAGCAGAAUCAUUCAGACACGAACCUGACGAUGAGCAUCGUUUCCGCAGCUUCAUGGGUAACACGCCAUGGUUGCUGACGCAUUUGCCCAUUUAUUCGUGGGCAUGGUUUCUGAUGCCCAUGACAUCUCUGGGCCUUUCUACGCUGAUCAAUUCGCAGCGAUCCAUAUACAGCUUCCACGGCCUUUACACCAUAGGAUUCGUCUUCUACUUCAUCGGCCUCUUCGUGAUCUUGAAGGACAGUCUCAAGAAGAGCAUCCAGGAUUCAGAGCAGGUCAUGUUCUUCGCCGCGUUCUGGAUCUCGUCGUACGGCGUCGUCACCGGCGGCGUGGAAUUCGCACAACCUACCCCUGGCUCAUCGCUCAGCGUAACAUUUGUCGCCUUUUUCUGGAUUUACUUCAUCUGUGCGCUUCUGGAAGGCUUCGGAUCCCAUCUCUUCCUUUUCCAGGGACCGGAUCAUGGCUGUCAUCUCGACAACAGACAAAUGACGCCCGCCUGGCUACUUCCUGUAUUGCCAGUCAUCUUGGUAGGCGUAUGCGCGGGCAGCGUCGCGAACUAUGUCACCACUCAUGAGGCAUAUUCGAUAUUGACUGCUGGCCUCUUCUGUUCCAGUAUGGGAUUCCUCCUCAGCUUGCCAAUGGCGGCCAUCUACCUUCACCGUCUCUUCAUCAACGGCUUCCCCGAGCCAGACAAACGGCCUGGAAUGAUGAUUGCAGUGGGUCCUCCAACGUACGCUCCUCUGGCAUACAUGAAGCUUGCGAAGGCUCUGCCACACCAUUACGGAUACUUUGCAGAACACCCUUUGGCAGUGGAUAUUGUCAACACGAUCGCGUUCAUCUUUGCCAUUGCAAUAUUUGGCAUGGGGAUUUUCUUCUUCUUCAUGGCUCUUGGCCCAAUUCUUCGACGAGCUCACAAGAUGUCGUUCCACUUGACGUGGUAUGGCUUCAUCUUCCCAACGUCGGGCUCCUGUCAACGAUGGGACUGA